CAGCAGCAGCAGCAGCAGUGUGUUGUAUAGCUCUGACACCGUGCACCACCUCCUCAACGCUGACUGAAGUGUCUCUAUGCCAAUUUCUGACGGAAUAAUUUAUCAUACAACUAAAUGAACCGGUUCCCUGUUGUUCUGCCCUAGACUACCGUGGCUUCCCGCGUCAGAGAAACAACAGAGAUGUAAAGCAAGUUGCACUACCGCAUCUGCCUCUUGAUAUGCUUCUGACAUAACGAGGAGCCAAGAAGUGACAGAGGCGCUGCAGAGGAAGAUGGAGGUUCAGAGUGGCGUUCAACAGUCAGAGCCCCGCCCUUUAGGCUCUCCUCGGACAGGGGACAAUCAACAGGAUGUAUAUGACGACAGACAGACAGAUGCCAGCGGCAGGCCUUCUGCUGACACUCACAGUACGGAUGCUCAGCCAGCAGGACAGAAAGACGACAAAAAACCGAGUGCUGCGGUGAGAGGUUACCACGGCAGUAAGGUAGCAGCCACUGGUAGCGCUGGUGGUCAAGGGGCCUGGAGUGGCCCCUCCUUCCCCCGUACAAGUCUGCAGGACUACAUAUCCCACCAACAACACCAUCCCCAGUCCCAGCACACAAGCUACACCUACUGCUCGCCCCAUACUGCUCAGCCCUAUGCUCCACCCCCUCAUCCGAUGGCUCCUCCCAGCCCUAGCACCAACAGCUGCAGCCAGGGAGGGGCGGAGCAGCUGAGUAAGACCAACCUGUACAUCAGAGGCCUGCCACCUGGGACCACCGACCAGGACCUCAUCAAACUCUGCCAACCGUACGGAAAAAUAGUGUCAACCAAGGCCAUUCUGGAUAAGAACACCAACCAGUGCAAAGGCUAUGGCUUUGUGGAUUUUGACAGCCCAGCUGCAGCACAGAAGGCCGUGUCGUCUCUCAAAGCCACCGGGGUGCAGGCCCAAAUGGCCAAGCAACAGGAGCAGGACCCCACCAACCUGUACAUCUCCAACCUGCCGGUGUCUAUGGAUGAGCAGGAGCUGGAGAACAUGCUGAAGCCCCUGGGUCACGUCAUCUCCACGAGGAUACUGAGGGAUGCCAACGGGGUCAGCAGAGGAGUCGGCUUUGCCAGGAUGGAGUCCACAGAGAAAUGCGAGGUAGUGAUUCAGCAUUUCAAUGGAAAAUACCUGAAAACCCCGCCAGGCAUUCCAGCUCCCACGGAGCCUUUGCUGUGCAAAUUUGCCGACGGAGGGCAGAAGAAACGCCAGAGCCAGAGCAAGUACCCUCAGAACGGGAGGCCGUGGCACAGAGAAGGCGAGACUGGCAUGGCGUUAACAUACGAUCCCGCUGCAAUGCAGAAUGGGUUCUACUCCUCGCCUUACAGCAUCGCCACCAACCGCAUGAUUGCACAGACCUCCAUCACGCCCUUCAUCGCUGCUUCCCCCGUUUCCACAUAUCAGGUCCAGAGUACGUCAUGGAUGCCUCAUCAACAAUAUGUUAUGCAACCAACAGGUGCAGUGAUCACGCCAACCAUGGACCACACUAUGUCCAUGCAGCCUGCCAGCAUGAUGGGCCCUCUCGCCCAGCAGAUGAACCAUCUGUCCCUGGGCACUACAGGAAGUUACAUGACUGCUGCAGCUGCCGCGGCGCCUAUGCAAGGGACCUACAUUCCCCAGUACACUCCUGUGCCUCCAACAGCCGUCCCUGUCGAAGGAGUGGUGACGGACGCCUCCCCCCAGACAGUGGCUCCCUCGUCACAGGAGGUGGCUGGACAGCAGCAACAGAUCCAAGUGGACAGUUCUGCCGACCAUGUUCCUGCUUACUCAUACCAGUCCAAAUAGCAUCGGCCUGAGCGAAUGUUCCUGUGACAGCGUUGCCUUGAGACAGAAGGUGGCUGCACUGUGAAUGUGAGGAAAAGAGAAAAGAAAGAGAUUACUUCCAGAUUGCCCAGGCACCAAAAAAGAGACACUUUUUUCAUUUCCUACCUGGCCUACGAGAAAAAAGAGAGAGAGAAAAAAAUGCAAGAAGGAGGCAAAGAGUGCUGUGGAAGGGGAUGGGGAAAUUGCUGGGCGCAGUGCAAAGAAGUGAAAUUGUUUAGUCUGGGAACUUGCCAGAAGGGCUGGGCUGAAGCUUGAAAAGUUUCUCAAAGAAAAUUCUCAACCAAUUACAAAAAAAAAAAAAAAAAACAAGGAAAUAGAAAAUGACAAAAAAAAAAAGGUUGAAUGCGCAGGUAGGUGAUGAAGUUUAUUUUGUAAUUAGAAAAGGGGAGUCAAGUUUGAGAUACACACAGAGAUUGUCUUCCUCAGAUAUUAAGCUACAAUUUCUUUUCACUCUUUUUUAUGUUCUAGUGUUAAAUUUUAGUUUUCUAGAUAUAUUCAAAAACAAAGUGUUUUUUCUUUCUUGAAUCUUCAUGGCCUUAAUUUGAAGGGCGGCAGAAACUUUUUACAGAGUUAAAGUCUGACGUCUGUUUAGAAGAAAAAAAAACAAAGUCAGUUUCUUGCACCACUCGGAGGGUACAAGACACUGGAUACGUUGUUCUAAAGAGGAAAAAAGAAUCUAUCACAUAAGCUGUACAGAUUUAAUAGAGAAGAGCUUUUUUUCUUUUCUUCAUUAGAAGAAAACUUUGAUAAUUAUUAUGUCAGAGGUAACUAAGUGUCAGAAGAAAAACAAAAUGUCUGUUGGGGAAAAAGACUUGGGGGGGAGAAGAAGCUUUCAAGAGAUUUUUCACCAUGAGGAAAAAAUGAAAACAUAAGAAAACAUGCUGCAUUGUGGAUGCAGUCUGUUGCAAACGCUGAACUUGUUUUUUAUUAUCAUAAUUAUUAUUUUACAUGGCAAAGUUGCUGUCAAUGACAUUAGUGCUUUUUAUCUGCCACAUUUUACCUUUUUUAUGAGCUUUAAGAUGUUUUUAGCCCGCUUGCUUGUCACACUGCAAAAAGAAAAAAAAGAAGAAGAAAAAAAUGAUAAAAUGAACAGAAAAAAAACUACGGAAAUUAAUUCUGGAAGUGAAAUAAAAACAGUAGAUUCAGUAGGAGCUUACGGUUUAAACAAAUCAGUGCAAAAGCAAUAGAAGAAAUUGUUGACAAUUUCUGUAGUCUUUCCUAGUUGUGGAUCAAAUGCAGCCCAUGGAUGGCCAUUUUUAUACCAAAGAUGAAGAGACACUCUGAACCAGAGUUUUGUUUUUGUUUGUUUUCCUUUCCUUUACAUUUUUCAGUUUGAUUUUGUUGUUGUUGAUGUUGCUGUUGUUGAUGAUGUUAAUGUUGAUAUUGUUGUUGUUGUUGAUGUUGCUGUUGUCGUUGUUUUUUAUUUGACCUUGAUGGCCGGACCAGUCCUUACUAUCCUUCUUAAAAUCUUGUUUUUUGCCGGGUUUAAGCUAGUUUUCCACGGUUGUCCAAGCUGUCACACAAGCAUACACACACACUCACAAACACAGACACACACAAACACACACACACACACACACACACACACACACACACACACACACACACACACACAUACACAUAUCUAAACAGACACACUUAAUGUACAAACUAAAACAAACACAUCAAAAACAGUAUUUAAAGUGUGAUGCAACCGGUGGCAGUCCUACCAAAAGUCAUUUUUCUCCUCCUCCUCUACUUGUCUUUUAAUUUCUUUGUAUGUCUCAUCACUUUUACGAUGCGUUCACACACCGUUGGUGCAUUCCAACUCUAUAAUUCUCUUGGAUCCUACAGGGAAAACUUUAGGAAUAGAUUGGGGAGUGUUGCUUGCUACGCUUCGUGGUAGUCGACACAUUGCUUGCAGCUUUAUCCCCUCAGUGCUUUCUGUCCUCAGUCUCUUUAUCGCUUACAUUUAACCAUAACUGGGAAUCUCCCUGCUGCUGUUUGCCCUUCUGUUAAUCUCUUCCAUUUAUCACCAAACAUAGGUCACAUGUUUGAGUAUUUACCUGCCAGGCUUACCAGAUGAGUGGUGUUUGCUGCAUGUUGGACAUCAGGUAAGUUGUUUAAAUGUGUUUAGCAAUGAUUGCAUAAACCUUAUGGCACUUAAUUUAUAUGGCAGCCAAAGCAUAUUAAAACAACUAUGAAUAACGUAAAAAACACCUAGGACUAUCGUUUGAAUGUUUUUCAUGAAACAUGCUUAUUCACUUUUCUCCUGAAGUUUAAAUGCGAUGAAAAGUUUCACUCUUGUCUGUAUGUUAACAUACGAGGCUACCGCCAAAAGCUUGCUAGCGUAUCUUAGUACAAAGACUGGAAACAACAUGCUUUGUGAAGGAAACAAAAGCCUUCUACUUACCCAUUAAUAUGUCUUGUCUCAUUAUUUAAUAUAUAUAAUAUACAAUACUUUUGUCAUCAUUGUGAACUUGAUACACAACCAGCAGCAGAAGUGACUGAAGAAUGCCAUGCAGUUCUUUUAAAAGACAUUUGAAUACAAGCUGGACAUGUUGGCAUUAUAGACACCGACACCCUGUGACACUCACAAGGCAUGGUAGAAGUGUGUUCAAAGGCUGGAAAACGACCGUCUGUCCUGAUCAUCCCCCUGAUCAUUUACCCACCACCAUCAGGGGAGGUUUUCACACCUGUGGGAACUAACUGGGCUCCUCACCAGCUUUAACUUGUUGAUGGCAGCUCCUUCCUCUGCCCUGAGUGUCAGUUACACCCCCGGUUGUCCCAAAUUUUUGCACAAACAGUCCCGCACAUCUUAUCUGGUCUUUCCGUCCCUGAGCUGUGUGAGGUUUCCAAUGAUUUCAUCUCUGAGGAUUGUCCCCUGAGUGAAAUUGCCUGUGGGACAGCGGCCAUUUCUGCCCCCAUUACAGCAGCAUUUGUGUGUCUGCUCUGCUGGCCCAUGCCCUCCCGCUCUGCCCCACUGUGGGUCUACAGAGCUAAAAAGCUCUGUGUUCUCCCUGCUUCACUGCCACCAUUAAUGUGCCAUGGCCAAACCAGGGUCCUUUUGCUCUCAUUUUCCCUAAUUCUCUCCGUCCCUCCCUCCCCCCCACUCUCGCGCUCCCUCUAGAGUUUCUUCUCUUUAUUGGAUGGUGCAAAAGCAGAGCCACUAACCAAUUUCAGUCACUCUUGCAAUGAGGCUUGACGGGCCCAAUUUGUCUCCCUGCGGGGCAAUAGGAUCCACUCCAGUGUCCCUCAAAAGACCCCUUUCUUCCAGACUGGAGAGAGCUUUUUGUUUGGUGACAAUUGCAAUUGAGCUCUUGCAGUUCAUGUGACUCGUUUAAAUCUACAGUAAGUCUAUUGCUCUAUCUUGUGGCGUGAUGGCGUGUUAUGCACACUACAGGCAAACAUCAUCAUGCGCCGCAAUGUUUGUAAUCUACAAACGAGAUUUACAUUGAGUGCCUUCUAACAAAGCUUCCAAAUUAUUCGAAAUUCAAUUAAAUUGUGGUAAAGAAAUGUGACACAAUAUGGAAGCUACUCUAUGGUGCUAAAAAGGAGGCAUUCUCGGGCUUUUGCCUUGACUGAUCCCUGUGAUGAGCCGGCCACUGUUGAUCGUUUGGCCUUGACCUACUCUUAACAGGCCUCCUGUCCACUUGACCACACAGAAAAGAAACUGGCACGCAGCUUCCUCAAGUGAACUACACAUCUAAAGCCAUACUCGCAUACAUUUUCCUCUGUCAGUGUUGCAGGGAAAUUGCUAUUCAUUUUUAUUUUCCGUCCACCAAUGAAGUUGAGAAGCUAAAUGUGUCAUUCAAACUGUCUCUCAUUGACUGUUAAGCUGUUUAUUGUCCAAUCAAAUCAAAUAUUUUCCUUUCAUCUGAUCUACAUUCCACAUCUGCUUGAACUUCCCCUCCGGGCUAUGAUUUGCUCUUAUCUCCCAAUGACCAAGUCUCAAGCCACAAUUCAGUCUUUAACAACUGACAAAUGUUGGGUUUAUGAGCUACUGGGAAUUUCCCACAUUGCUAAUCUGUUUUGUCAUUGUUGCAUUUACUCAAUGUAGUCCAACACUGAGUCUUUUUUAAGUGGUAAACUGCUAAACUUUUACUUUACCAGGUUUAAGCUAGUAUGUGUGUGUCAGUGUGUGUGAAAAGUUCUUGUACUCGACAGUUUUAGCUAGGUUAUGAAUACAGCAUAGCUAGCAUAGACUUUUACAGCUGCUGUUUUAUAAAAGUAAUAAAGGGGGACAUUUUUGAAGCCUAACAGGGCUCAUAAUGCAGAAGUUGCACAUCGGAGAGCAGAACGUCCCACAAAAGGCCUGAGACUCAGAAGUAAUGACAUUAUGGGAAAAACGACUACAAAUAGCCAAGAGAUUAUGGAGAUAAUGCACAACCAAAAAUAUCAGAUCUAUUUUGCUAAUGGAGAUUCAAGAUAGAAAAUGUUAAGGCAGUAGCAUGGCACCGAUAUUUCACAGAGAUCUAAAGGAUUUCCCAUCUGAACAAGCAGAAAUGGCUCUCUCUUAAUAGCACAAUGGCGUAAAGUACCUUUUCAGAAUAUAAAUUUGGAAGUGUACAGAAGGCACGUCGGCAAUUUUAAGGAGGCUGUUGCAGAGAAUGCUCUGCUCCCAGUCAGCCCAUGUGUCAGCACAAACCAAGAGUCAGCUAUACUAAGAAAGACAUUGUGUGUGUGUGUGUGUGGGAAAGAACGAGAGGCAGAUCAUUAGCUGCUGUUGCCGGGCAGAAGUGGUCAGAGCCUGGAGUGUCUCCGUGUUCUUGCAGCAGUAUGUCUCUUGUACAGGUCUCUAAGAGGGGACGAGCUCGACCCAUCACUCAUUAGCAACACAGACUUCCUAUCCUACACCAUGGCCAUCCCUGUCUCCUCUUUCUACAAAGCUCAUCAUUGUUCCAAUCUCUUCUAACCUUAAGUUUUGUUUCUGGCUGACCUUAACACUCGCCAUCCAUCUAUCACCCUCUUUUUAUCUCACCUAGAUUGUCCAGUCCGUUUCAUCAAAUUUUCAAACCCCUGUAGAACAGUCAUCUGUGAAACGUGAGGCUGCCACCAUUUGCAAUCUGUGUCUAAGCACUGCUUGCAAAUAGCUUUUGUGAAACAGGUUUAUGGAUUAUAUUGCAGGCCACCAUUGCAUUUAUUAUUUUGCAUCAUUUGUCUACAGCAGGUUGGAGAGGGAAUGUCCCUGGCUUGUCACUAAUAUGGCUGAGUAAACCUAGGCCCAAGUGGUGCUCGAUCACCCUUCAGGCUUUUUUUCCUUUAGUGUUAGGAUGAUAUUGUUUGCUGCCUUAGUGCCAACAAGAAAGAGUUUAUGCAAUCAUAAUGAGUGUUGAAAAACAGUGAAAUUCAUUAUUUAUUUUACAUUAUCUGAACUGCCUAAAUGCAGUAAAUCUCACACAUCUGGUACCUGAAGGAAUGAUAUUCAGAAUGACUUUUCCUGAUACAUACUAAGAGCGAAUGGUGGGAGGGAAAUGCAACAUUUCAUUUAUCGCCAGUCCACUGUUGAUAAGCGCACACUCCCUACAAGGUAAAUCUGAUCUCCUGUCAGCUAACCAGAUAAACACAGCUUGAGAUUCAACCUACAUCCUGGUCUUCUUCAGUGUCAGUGUUCCAGACGUGGUACUGACUUCACUGUAAAAAAAAAAGAUUUGUCUCAAUCCUUCCCUAACUCACUGUUUUCCACAAUAACUGCAGCCAUCCUUAACACUGACAUGAUCCAGACAGUAAUUCAUGUAAUGUUGCUUUCACACUGUCACUCAUUAGAUGUUUAACAUGUCAUACUCAGUUGUUCUUUGUGAACAGAGUUGCAGUCAUUCCGCAUUGAUUCUCGUGAGGAAAACAGUCGUUCAGAGUUGCUCUCCAAUCCUGUCUCCCGUAGAGUGUAAGGCGAACCAUGGCUCAAUUACUCAUCACAGACCAGUGCACUCACACUCUGCACACACAUAAUGCAGUGAGAAAAUUGUUCAAACUGCCCCCCACAAGAGCGAGGCCCUGUGCUCUUUAAUUGAUGCUUCGGUCCACCUUUGAUAAGAGCUAUUGAUUGGCCACACAACCCCAGGAGCCAGCACAGCCCUUGCGGAGUUCAAACAGCUCCCAGAGAAAUACAGAAUCCAACUCCCACUAGGAAAUGACCGACAAAAUUGUUAAGAGAUAGCCAGCACGGAGAGUGUGUUAGGCAUUGGUAUUAAUUUACCAGAUAAAAAGAGGAACUAUUUAUCAAGACAGCAGAGCGGUUUUAAAAAUAAAUAUUUUUGUUAGUUUUCUCUUUUUGUUGUUUUUGUUUGUUUUUCACUUUUCUUGGUUUCAGCGCCGAGGAGGACAUGGUCACGCCUCGCACACGCUGCUCAGUGUGUGUGUUAUUUGAAAAACUAUCUGUACAUCUGUGGAUGUUAGAAUUUGACUUGGGUUUUAUGAGUUGUUGUUUUUUUUCUCUCUGAUGAAGCUUUCAAUAAAAAAAUGUGGAAAAAAGCA